AUGUCUUCAACAAACAUACAAAAAGUGUGUGUAAUCGGUGCUGGAUCGGCCGGUUUAGCCGCAAUUAAAUCGGCAAAAGAAUAUGGAUUGGAGGUGAUUGCCUAUGAAAAAAGUUCGUAUUAUGGUGGAAUUUGGAAUUUCAAAGCCGAUGAUUGUAGUGGAUUGGGAAAUGUGAUGAAGAGCACAAUCCUCAACACAAGCAAGGAAUUCAUUUCGAUGUCCGAUUUUCCGACGAAAAAAGAAGACGCGAAUUUCAUGCGAAAUGGCGAUGUUUUUCGAUUUUUGACUGAAUACGCUGAACAUUUUGGUCUCUUUUCGAAUAUUUCCUUUGAGACUUCGGUCAUUGAGAUUACGCGAGCAAAAGAUUAUGAGCGAACGGGGAAAUGGAUUGUCACGACUGAAAGUAAAGGCAAUCGAUCCGAGGUGAUUUUCGAUGCGGUAAUGGUCUGUGUUGGGCAUCACGUCUAUCCGAAUAUUCCACAAUUCAAAGGAUUGCAAGAUUUUCGGGGGACGAUUACUCAUUCUCACGAUUACAAAACGAGUCGACUUUUCGAGGAUCGGAGAGUGCUUGUCGUCGGUUUGGGAAAUUCGGGGGGAGAUAUUCUUUGUGAAGUUGGGAAAGUCGCGAGGAAGACUUAUGGCUGCUCCCGUUUCGGCACCUGGGUGACCCAGCGGGUGAUCAAGGGUGGAUAUCCAAGGGACAUUCUGAUGAGAACGAGAUAUAAUGAAUGGAGAUUGAAAAUGAUGCCGGGAUGGUUGAAAAGGCAGCUGAAUCUUUCGAAUUACAACGAGCGUUUGGACCAUUCAUUGUAUGGAUUGCGACCACAAGAAGAUCCUGGACAAUCACCUGUCCUUCUUGCUGAUGAUUUACCACUAUUUUUAUCAAGUGGUUGGGUCGAAUUGCGAAUGGGAAUCGAUCAUUUCAAAGAGAAUCGAGUUGUUUAUGAAGACCGAAGAGAAGAUGAAAUCGAUGACGUCAUUUUCUGUACCGGUUACAAUUUCGAUUUUGAUUUUAUUGAAGAAGGGAAAGUUGUGCCGGUUUCUGACAAUCAAACGAGAUUGUGGCGAAGGAUUUUCCCACCCGAUCUCAAAUAUAACACUUUGGCGAUGAUCGGUGUCAUCGACCCGUUAGGCCCAACGAUCACUUGUUCCGAGGCUCAAACCAGAGUUGUCGCUCACUUUUGGGCAAACCAAAUCGAUUUACCCUCGGAAUCGGAGAUGCAAAAGGAGAUUGAUCGUGAUAAAGCUGCGACAAAAGCCCGUUUCAAAUGCUCGGAUCGUCGAGCUUCACUACAGAUCGAUCAUAUUUGGUAUUUCGAUCAAUUGGCCUCAAUGAUUGGAGCACUUCCCGACCUCGGACCCGUCAAUUUUUGGAGAGAUCCACAACUUGCUUUAGCUUUAUACUUUGGCCCGGUUACAUCACAUCAUUAUCGCCUGAAAGGACCAAAUCCUUGGAAAGACGCGAGGAAGCAGAUACUGGGCACAUACGACCGGGUGCAUUAUGGGAUGAAUACAAGAGAAAGAGCUCUUUUGGAGAAACGUUUCAAUUCCGAGAACCCAACUCUUUAUGCUCAUUUGUUGCCGAUACCAGCUUGGGAUAUUGGCUUCUCGAUUUUACUCUUCUUCACCAUUCUUGGGAUAAUAACCUUUUUGAGAGGCGUACUU